AAUGCAUUUCAUUUGCACUCUCUUUCAGUGCCCAUCAAUGGCAAUGGCCUCUACUUUCUCCCUCACCAACACCACCAUCACACCUUUCCUCUCUCCCACUUCUCCGCCUAAGAUCUCUUCCUUCCGCUUUUCCAAUUCCAGAUCACUCCCCCUCCCUACUCUCUCCACCGCCUCUUCUUCUCCCACUACUAUUUCACAUGCUCCAAAUGACUACAAAGACGCCCCUAUUGAAUUAAGGUACCCUGCAUUUCCAUCCGUCUUGGACAUCAAUCAGAUUCGUAACAUUCUCCCACACAGGUUUCCAUUCCUUCUAGUGGAUAGAGUUAUUGAGUACAACCCUGGAGUUUCAGCCGUCGCCAUCAAGAAUGUAACCAUCAACGAUAACUUCUUCCCUGGACAUUUUCCUGAAAGGCCUAUCAUGCCUGGUGUCCUUAUGGUUGAGGCAAUGGCACAAGUUGGCGGAUUGGUCAUGCUGCAACCCGAGGUGGGAGGCUCUCGCGAGAAUUUCUUCUUUGCCGGAAUAGAUAAGGUGCGAUUUAGGAGGCCGGUGAUUGCAGGAGACACUUUGGUUAUGAGAAUGACACUCAUCAAACUGCAAAAGCGAUUUGGAAUAGCAAAGAUGGAAGGGAAGGCCUAUGUUGGAGGUGAAGUUGUCUGUGAGGGUGAGUUCUUGAUGGCUACUGGCUCUGGUGGCGAAUAGUUUUAGAAACCUCCAUCAAAAUGGUGUUGACUUUGUUGCAUUUCUCUCGGGCUUCUCAGCACUUUUUUUAGUUGUUUUUGUUUUGCUACCAUAUAUUCUUUUAUAUGGAAGAAGAGAACAUAGUCGGCAUUGUUACUUAUGCUUAUUUUUGUAUGCAUUUCAAAGUAUCUUUACAUUCUGUAUGAAUUUUGCUACAUACAAACAUGGCCCAACAUGAUCCUUAUGCAAGUAUAUU